AUGUCCUACAACGAGAAAGAGAGAAGCACGCGGGAUCUCAUUGAUCGUGGCGUGAAGAGGUCGUCAAUUGGAACUCCGGGCAUCGCUACCUUCGUGGGCCUUCGUGCUGCCGACCCCUUCCUCCAAUACCAGAUCCUCCGCAAUGACUGGGGCUCCUCCCUCAUCCAGCGCCUCGGCGGUACCACCCUGCCCCGCGGCUCCCCGCUCGUGACGAACACACCCCUCGACAAUGUGCUCGGCCUCAGCCCCUACCGCACCAUCAUGCUUGGAAUGACUAUCGGGUCAAUGGUGAAGCAGAACCUCACGAUGCUCGCGAUCUCGCGCGAAGAGAUGACCGUGCCCGCCUCAGCAGCGAUAGGCGCAUACAACACGCUCUUGAAUAGCGCGAACAACCUGCUUUUCGUGUGCUCGCAGACCAGCGCUUCUGUCAAUGGUGAACACUUCCCCCAGACCCCGCUGAUCGUCGGCGCGACGUUGUACGUACUUGGAAUGUCACUUGAGCUCGGUUCGGAGGUGCAGCGCGCACUCUGGAAGAGGGAUCCCGCGAACAAGGGCAAGGUCUACGAAGGUGGACUGUUUGGCUUGAGCAGGCACAUCAACUACUUCGGUUACACGUUGUGGAGGGGUGGGUAUGCGCUGGCGGCUGGUGGAUGGCUGUGGGGUGCGGCGAAUAUGGCUUGGUUCUCGUUUGACUUCAUUAACCGUGGAAUUCCUGUGUUGCAGGGGUACAUGGAGGAGAAGUACGGCGAGCAAUACGAACACUACGAGCAAGCCGUGCCGUACAAGUUCGUGCCGCUCUUGUACUAG